AUGGCCUCGGCACAGGCAAAGAUCCUCCUCCUCGUGAACGUGGGUGUGUUCGGCCUCAUCCUGCUCCUGACCCUGCUGCUAGCGGGGGGUGAGAAGCGCAUCGUCAUGCUUUGGUGGGUCUGUGUCGGCUUCUCCGUCAGCGUCUUCGUGGCACCCCUCACCAUCAUACGUCUUGUGGUGCUCACCCGGAGUGUGGAGUUCAUGCCCUUUUCACUCUCCCUCUCCCUCACAGUCAACGCCGUAGUAUGGUUCCUCUACGGCCUCCUCAUCAAGGACAAAUAUGUCGCUCUUCCCAACAUCCUCGGGUUCGCCUUCGGGGUGAUCCAGAUGGGGCUCUACGCCUUCUACUGCGACGCCACGCCCACGCCGGCGCCAAAGGAGGUGGACGACCCCAUGUCCGACCAUGGUGCCGCCGUCAAGGUGCACAAGCACGUCGUCAACAUUGCUAGGCUCAGCCCGCCAGCUGGCGUGGAGCUCAACACAACCGUCAAUGCCGAGCUGCCAUUGAACUGUGUCGGUGUUGCUUGCGCCAGCGACGAGACCAAGGGGGUCAGCGUUGACAAGGCAACCCAUGUCGAGGAAGCCUAG